AUGAAUCAUCCACAGCAAAAUCUGAUGUCUUCCAGACCGACGCCUAGGAAAAGACGAUACAAUAUUUUGUUUUUGGGAAAUGCUGGGUCAGGGAAAGCUAGCCUGAAGAAUAGGAUUGUUUAUAAUGAUUUCCGUGGGCCCAGUUUUAUCUACGAUCCAACUCUUGAUGAUAGUCAUCAAACAUACAUGACUAUCGAUUCCGAACAAUUGAUCGUAGAGAUUAAAGAAUUAAAUUACGAUGAUCGAUAUGCCGGCUUUUUAGAGCUACUGAUUAGACAUGCCGAUGGGAUAAUAUUGAUGUAUUCAAUCUGUUCGCCCGAAUCCUUCUCUGUUCUAGAAGCCCUAUGGACUGCCGUGAAACUUGUGAAGGUUCCAGAAAAAAAGGGGUUAUAUGUGGACGUAGUCGGGACUAUGAGUGAUAUGUGGGAAAAAAGAAGUGUCAAGACCGAGGAUGGUAAGGCAUUAGCUAAAAGGCUAAAUUGCGGGUUCUCAGAGUGCUCUGCAAAAGAAGGGGAGAAUUGUGAGGAUCUAAUUGAGAGUUUGAUUAGAAAGAUUAUGGUUGGGCGCGAGCAGGAGCAGAUAUUGAGGGAUGCGAGACGGAGAAUAGAAGACGAUGAGAGGGAGGAAAGAGAGAGAAAGAAAAAUGGGGUUGUGAAGAGGGUUUUCAAGAGAUGUGUGGAAAUAAUGACCAUGGGAACUUAA